GUUGGCGAUUCUUCACCGUUUCUUUCUUUUUCACCAUCACUGUGUCUCUGGGACUCCCUGUCCCGUCUCUAUCCUUCCCAACCAAAAAUUCACAGCACAGCUUCAACUGAUUUCUUUCCAACCUUUGAACCCACUUUUGUUCCAGCGAACUCAUCGUUUUCCUUCAUACAUGUGUUCUGGAAUAUGAAGUUUUCCGAUUUUUUCUCUCUGCUUGUUGAUCGAAAAAGUAGGGGGACAUGGCUUUGUACACUUUUGACUGUUUCUGCUUUGCUGCUUGCAAUUUUCGUCAUUGUGGGUUCAUUCUUAGCACCUGAGCGGAAAAUGGAAUCAGUCAAAUGGGAAUUAAACGAUAAUUUGCAGGUUCCAAAUAAUUCCCAGGUUCCAAAAGUUUCUAAUUGCAAGGAUCAAUGCAGGCCUUCUGGAAGUGAGGCAUUACCUGAAGGUAUUGUUUCAAAGACUUCUAACUUGAAUAUGCGACCUUUAUGGGGCUUCCCAAAGAGUAAGAAUACUUCUGUUAGCUUAUUUGCAUUGGCUGUUGGAGUAAAGCAAAAGCAUCUUGUUGAUAAAAUGGUCAGAAAGUUUCUAUAUAGUGGUUUUGUUGUGAUGCUUUUCCAUUAUGAUGGUAUUGUUGAUGAAUGGAAGAAUUUGGGAUGGAGUGAUGAUAUCAUACAUGUUUCGGCACGCAAUCAAACUAAAUGGUGGUUUGCAAAGCGUUUCUUACAUCCUGAUAUAGUUGCAGAAUACAGUUACAUUUUCCUAUGGGAUGAGGACCUUGGAGUUGAAAAUUUUGACCCUAAACGAUAUUUGUCAAUUAUUAAGAAUGAAGGGCUUCAAAUAUCACAACCAGCACUUGAUCGUAAAAAAUCAGAUGUACAUCAUCAAAUUACUGCACGUGUGAGGAAAUCAACAUUGCACAGAAGGACUUUCAAGCCAGGUGUUAACGGGACAGGUUGUGAUAGCAAAAGUAAAGCACCUCCGUGCACAGGGUGGAUAGAGAUGAUGGCCCCUGUUUUCUCAAGAGAUGCCUGGCGUUGUGUAUGGUACAUGAUCCAGAAUGAUUUGAUCCAUGCAUGGGGUCUAGAUAUACAACUUGGCUAUUGUGCACAGGGUGAUCGAACCAAAAAUAUUGGCAUUGUGGAUGCAGAGUACAUAGUCCAUUAUAGUCGCCCUACACUUGGUGGUGCCAAUGGAGAAAAUAAUACUAUGGUUCAAAGUGAAAAUGAAAAUAAGGAGUUUAUAGCCCCAUGUCAGGCUUUCAUUGAUUAAGUUGGAAAAUCAAUUGCUUUCAAAUUUUAGAUCUAUGGUUUAGUUCUGUUGAAUAUUUUGUAAUUGAUAACUUAUGGUUUCCUUAACUAAGAUAUCUGGUUAUUGGUUAGGGGCUCUCACUUUUGAAUUAUAGUUUCCGAAUGUCAAAUGAUUAUUAGUGUCCUUAAUGUCCAGACGCUAUGAGCAUGUCUGGUGUGAAAAAAGGGUUCUAGUUUUCUAAAAGUUCUUCCAAAGUCUCCAUCAUGUGUUUGAUUGAGUCAAGGCUGAGAAAGCUUCUCCAUUAGAUUUUUCAGAAAGAUUUCCGUACUCAAAUCCUAGGAAGUUCCUCAGGAAGACUUAUGAGAUUGUUCCUUCUGCUAUGUAGUAUCUGGGAGUCCAUCUUAUGGCUCUUUGACAUUAAUGUCAGCUCUAAACUGGUAUAGUACGUUUAUAGAAGUUAAAAUGUGACUUGAGAAAGUGUGUUGAAAACUAUUAAGCUUCACUUUAGAAUUUCUUAUGUUACUACAUGAAUUACAUGCUUUUGGUUAGGACUCUGAACCCUUGAUGGGCAAAAAUCUUUGGUAUGAUCUUGAUUUGCUUCUUAUCUAUUGAAUUUGCCUUGAAACAAAGCUAUCUUGCACCUUUUUAUCUACAUAUGAGAAUUAAUCUUUCUAGGAUUUAUCUACUACAUGCUAAAUUGUUUCCUCUAACACAGAUAUUGAUAUUUCUCUUAGCUUAUGUUAGUCUGUCACCUGAUUGCGUUACCAAAAGCUUGCCCAGGCAGUGCUCUACCACCUUGCCUAGGCCCUAGGCAUAGAGUUAGGCAUUUCUUUUAUUUUUUUGGAUUUCCUGUUCUAUUUUGCCAUUUUUUUGCAGAAAAAUAAAAAUGCCUAGAGCACUUAACAGCACUUAGAUGGUGCCUAAGUACCACCUAGGCACGAGGCAGUGGCCCAAUGCCAACC